AUGGCCGACCCCCGUGUUGAAGAGCUUCCCGAUGAGGAGGUCCCCAAGACCAACGUUGAGGACAGCGACUCUGAGUCCGAAGCUGGCGACGCCAACAUCCCCGCUGGCGCCUCCGUCGCCAUCCACUCCCGUGGCGAGAAGAAGGCUCGCAAGGCCAUCGCUAAGCUCGGCCUGAAGCACGUUCCCGGCAUCACCCGUAUCACCAUGCGCCGCCCCAAGAACAUCCUCUUCGUCGUCAACCAGCCCGAUGUCUACAAGUCCCCCUCCAGCAACAUCUGGAUCAUCUUCGGAGAGGCCAAGAUUGAGGACCUGAACGCCCAGGCCCAGGCUUCCGCCGCUCAGCAGCUCGCCGCCCAGGAGGCCGCUGGUGAGCACGCUGGUCACGACCACGACCACGACCACGACCACGGCAAGGGCAAGGAGCCUGUCACCGACCUCGGCACCAAGAAGGAGCCCGAGGAGGAGGAGGAUGACGGUGAGGAGGUUGACGAGUCCGGUCUUGAGGCCAAGGAUAUCGAUCUGGUUAUGGCCCAGGCUAGCGUUUCUCGCAAGAAGGCCGUCAAGGCUCUGCGGGAGAACGACAAUGAUAUCGUUAACUCGAUCAUGGCUCUCAGCAUUUGA